CUCAUAAUAAUAUUCACAUUCUUCUCAAACUCGCAUCCACUCAUCUUCACAAUUCUCUUCUAUACUUUCAUACAAUGGCAGUUGAAGCAAUAAGCAUCCCUAGUUCAGCUAACCUGGAUCAAAGCAAUUACGUCUGCAAUCUCGAAUCGUGGACUAAAGGCAAGCGCUCCAAAAGAUCUCGCAAAUCAGAAUCACAAGAUGAUCAUGAUCAUGAUCAUGAUCAGUAUCAGAAUGUGAAUACUGACGAGUACUUAGCUCUGUGUCUCGUUAUGCUCGCUCACGACGGCGAUAAAAGCAUCUUUCCCGCCAAAUCAGUCACUCAUCCACCUCAAUCAAAUACUGACGUAGUUUACACGUGUACUGUGUGUGACAAGGCGUUCGCGUCGUACCAAGCGCUCGGCGGCCACAAAGCGAGUCACCGGAAAGGCACGACUUCCGACACGAACUCCGCCGCCACCACCUCCUCCGCCACCGCGACAACCACUAGUGGAAGGACACACGAGUGCUCGAUUUGCCACAAGUGUUUUCCGAGCGGACAGGCUUUGGGCGGGCACAAGCGCCGCCACUACGACGGAGGAAACAACGGGACGAGUAGCAGUGGCGUGACGACGUCGGAAGGUGUGGGGUCCACUAACAGUCACCACCGUGGAUUUGAUCUGAACGUGCCGGCGGUGCCGGAUAUGUGGAGUGUGUUCAGAGAGGAGGAAGUUGAAAGUCCUCAUCCUACGAAAAAGUCAAGGUUCUCUUUUACGCUGAAGUUGCAGUAGAUAGAUAGGUGGUCAAUGUUUGACUUUUUGUUUUAGUUUGGCAGGUCUGUCGACUAGCAUCGUGUAUCAUAUAUAUUCAUAUGAUGUAGUUGUAGUCCCAUUUGAUCAUCUAUUCAAUUUAUUUAUUCAGACAA